AAGGUCCCUUUCUGUCACUGACCUUUCCACUUCAGCUACCCUUUGGAUUGCUGGAAAAUGUGAGGCCUAAGGUGUCCUUGAGGUAGGCAGGACAAAUGAGGACAUGGCAGCCUUUUCCCAUCUGGGAGCUGAGGCUCCUUUAAUGUGGAGACCUUAAAAGGCAUGUAGGAGCCAGGGGCUGGGUUCUUAUCUCCUGAGCCUGGCCAAUGUCCAGAUACACCUUAUUUAUAGCGCCACUGACAAGGGCAGUGCAGCUGGACGGCAGCUGCACAGAAGGUUGGGGCCAUCUAACCAGGCCGUCUGCCUGCGUGGCCGCUGUCCCUGCUCAUCAGGCUGGAGGACAGAAGACAGAACCCUGACACUGCAGGUUGCUGAAAAGCCAAGUGUCAGAAUGACCGAGCGCUUUGACUGCCACCAUUGCAACGAAUCUCUCUUUGGCAAGAAGUACAUCCUGCGGGAGGACAAUCCCUACUGCGUGGCAUGCUUCGAGACCCAAUACGCCAACACCUGUGAGGAGUGUGGGAAGCCCAUCGGCUGUGACUGCAAGGACUUGUCCUACAAGGAUCGGCACUGGCACGAAGCCUGUUUCCACUGCUCGCAGUGCAGAAGCUCUCUGGUGGACAAGCCCUUUGCUGCCAAGGAGGACCAGCUGCUCUGUACAGACUGCUAUUCCAACGAGUACUCGUCCAAAUGCCAGGAAUGCAAGAAGACCAUCAUGCCAGGUACCCGCAAGAUGGAGUACAAGGGCAACAGCUGGCACGAGACCUGCUUCAUCUGCCACCGCUGCCAGCAGCCAAUUGGAACCAAGAGUUUCAUCCCCAAAGAUAAUCAGAAUUUCUGUGUGCCCUGCUAUGAGAAACAACACGCCGUGCAGUGCGUUCAGUGCAAAAAGCCCAUCACCACGGGAGGGGUCACUUACCGGGAGCAGCCCUGGCACAAGGAGUGCUUCGUGUGCACCGCCUGCAGGAAGCAGCUGUGUGGGCAGCGCUUCACGGCUCGCGACGAGUUUGCCUACUGCCUGAGCUGCUUCUGUGACUUGUAUGCCAAGAAGUGUGCCGGCUGCACCAACCCCAUCAGUGGACUUGGUGGCACAAAAUACAUCUCCUUUGAGGAACGGCAGUGGCAUAACGACUGCUUUAACUGUAAGAAGUGCUCCCUCUCACUGGUGGGGCGUGGCUUUCUCACGGAGAGGGACGACAUCCUGUGCCCUGACUGCGGAAAAGACAUCUGAAGUCAACACAGAGAAGCUGCUGCCUGUGAUCUCACACACACAUUUAUACAUUUUCUUUCUCAACCAGGCAAUCUUGCCUUCUGGUUUCUUGCAGCCACAUCAAGACUUUCUUCUUGUGCUUUUCAGUGAUACUCACGUUUGCUUAAACGCUUUAGUGCUUUGUGCUAGUUCAGUCCCAGGGAAAGAGAAAACUCUCCAUAGGCCCUAGGUGGGAAGAUGGUUUGAAAUUUUUGUAAUCGGAUAAGGCACACCCAAAUGUAAAAAUCCUUUUGAAUGAUGUCUUUAUAAAUCUAUCUUUCUCUCACUGCCUAUUUAAGUGCAAUUAAUAUAUGUCACAAAUUCAAAAGUUUUCUAAACUCAGUAAGGUAAUGACCAGUGGGUAUUUACAGCUCUGUAACUUCCUGUUAUGUCAAGCCUAAAGUAAGAUUAUGUGACUUACAAUAAAGUUAUUCAGAACAAAA